AUGCAUCAUCAACAGCGGAUGGCAGCUUUGGGCACAGACAAGGAACUGAGUGACUUAUUGGAUUUUAGCGCGAUGCGAAACAGCGAUUUGAAAAUGUUCCCAUCAUCCAUGAUGUUUUCCCCUCCUGUUAGCAGUGGAAAGAAUGGACAAACCUCCCUAGGGAGUGGACAUUUCUCUGGUUCAAAUAUGGAGGAGAGAUCAAGUGGAGGAUCAUGGGCAAGUGGAAGCCGUUCUUUGAAGAGCUAUGCAGAGGGAUCUCAGUACAUUACAUCACAUGACAGCCUCUCACCUCCAUAUGCUAACUCCAGGCUAACAGGUAAAACAGAGAGGAGUUCAUACGGUUCGUAUGGUAGAGAAUCCAAUCAACAGUGCCAUCAGUCAAUAUUGGGCAGUGAGAUGGGUUUGGGGAGUCCUGGUGCCACAUCGCCGACCAAGCCGCACAGUCAGUAUUACCAGCACUACAGCAGCAACCCCCGCAGAAGACCACUGCAUAUCGACUCUAUGGAAAUUCACCCCAAAAAAGUACGGAAGGUCCCUCCAGGCUUGCCAUCUUCAGUAUACGCUCCAUCUGCCAGUACAGCCGACUACAACAGGGAUUCACCGGGCUAUCCCAAUUCCAAACCAACGAGUUCUGGCUUCCCAAGUUCAUUCUUUAUGCCAGAUGGUCACCACAGUGGCGACCCCUGGAGCAGCAGUAGCAGCAAUGUAAACCAACAGGGUUACCACGGGAGCUUAUUAGGAGGAGGGAACUCUGCCCAUGGCCCCUCUCAGAGCUCCUCCUACUGUGGGGUCCACCCUCACGACAGACUGAGCUAUCCGGCACAUUCAUCAGCAGACAUAAACUCCAGCCUUCCCCCUAUGUCUAGCUUCCACCGAGGAGCUGGAAGCGGACCCAAUCAUUACAGCACCUCCUCUUGCUCCAGCGCUCCCACCAAUGGCACAGACAGCAUUAUGGCUAACCGAGCACAGAGUGGAGCAGCCAGUGGCUCUCAGACAGGAGACGCCUUAGGGAAAGCACUUGCCUCAAUCUACUCUCCUGACCACACGAACAACAGCUACUCGUCCAAUCCUUCAACUCCAGUGGGCUCCCCGCCUACCCUCACAGCAGGUUCAGCUGUCUGGUCCAGGAAUGGCGGACAGGGGGCAUCAUCGCCAAACUACGAGGCUCCACUACAUUCGCUGCAAAGUCGCAUCGAGGACCGUUUGGAACGUUUGGACGAUGCAAUCCACGUACUGCGAAGCCAUGCUGUAGGCACAUCAACAGCCAUGACCAGUGGACACGGUGACAUGCACGGCCUUAUUGGGGCCGCACACACGCACAACGGCGCGAUGGGUUCUCUUGGAAGUGGCUACGGAACGGGACUACUGUCAGGCAACAGACACUCACUCAUGGUGAACUCUCACAGGGAAGACGGCAGCAUGGGCGCUUUACGCGGUGGCCACUCGAUGACGGGAGGUCAGGUGCCUCAGCUGCCUGCUCAGUCAGCCACCUCGCCAGACCUCAGUCAACCCGACCCUUACCGCACUCUGUCUGGAGGCCUUCAGGGCCAGAGCACGUCCUCCAUCAGCUCAGAGAUCAAGUCUGAGGACGAAGGAGACGAGAACCUCCUGCAGGACUCCAAACCCUUGGACCCCAAGAAGGAAGACAUUGACAGCAAGGAUCUCAAAGGAAUUGAUAGGUCAAGAUCUAGCAACAACGACGAUGAGGACCUGUCUCCAGAGCAGAAGAUGGAGAGGGAGCGGGAGCGGAGAAUGGCCAACAAUGCUCGAGAGCGCUUGCGAGUACGCGACAUCAACGAAGCAUUCAAGGAGCUCGGCAGGAUGGUCCAGUUGCAUUUGAAGAGCGAUAAACCGCAGACCAAGUUACUUAUUCUUCACCAGGCCGUGGCGGUUAUUCUCAGUCUGGAGCAGCAAGUCAGAGAGAGAAACCUGAAUCCGAAGGCAGCCUGUUUGAAACGCCGUGAAGAGGAGAAGGUCACCGUGGGAUCAGACGGCACUCCCCUCUCACUAGCUGCAGCGCACCAUGCCGCCAUGGGCGAUGGGUCGAACCCGUUGGGACAAAUGUAA